AUGAAACCCAUAGUCAAGCUGCAGUUUAAGUUGGAUGACUUUUUUAAAAGGUCCAAGUUUGUCAAGCAUGAGGACGUGGUGGUUAAGCCGGUUGAGAGGCAGGAGUCGGCACUUCAGUUUAUGGAUAGUGAUGCAGGGUUUGAGGAGAAUGACGAUUCGUCGUUUGAUAAAAGUGUUGAGAUAGUCAAUUUGAGAAGUGCUAUGCAGCAAGGGAAGAGGCGUGGGGAUUUUUUGGAUGCACAUCAACCUAAGAAACUUACCAAGAAGGAGCCCGAGGAGGUGGUUACAGAGAUUUUCCUAAGUGCUGAGCAACAGAGGGUGGUUGAUAUUGUUGUUCAGAAGAAGGAGAGUAUAUUUUUCACUGGUAGUGCAGGAACAGGUAAAUCGGUUGUUUUGAAAGAGAUUGUUAAAGCGUGCAGAGGUGUAUAUGGGGACAAUUUUGGGGUUACGGCAUCUACAGGAAUGGCGGCGUGCAAUAUCCAGGGCCAGACGCUCCACAGGUAUCUUGGUAUUGGGCUUGGGAGAGAUCCGGUUGACAAAUUGGCCAAGAGGAUUAACAAGAAUAGUGUUGUGUUGAGGAGAUGGCAACAAAUGAGGUUGCUUAUUAUUGAUGAGAUAUCGAUGAUUGAUGCGGCGUUGUUUGACAAGAUCGAGGCAGUAGCACGGGUAGUGCGUAAAAGUGACAGGCCGUUUGGUGGGAUACAGGUUGUUGCGUGUGGGGAUUUUUACCAGUUGCCGCCGGUCAACAAAGAGGGUAGGCCGAAGUUUUGCUUUGAAGGGAAUAGCUGGGGGAGAGUUAUUAAGAGGGCAAUAGUGUUGAAACAGGUGUUUAGACAGCGUGGGGACUCUGAGUUUAUUGAUAUGUUGAAUGCAUUGAGAGUGGGGAAGAUGGAUGCUGCGGCUAUUGCCGGAUUUGCAUGUUUGCAACGGGAGAUUGACUACCCUGAUAAGUUAGAACCUACAGAGUUGUUCCCGACUGUCAACGAAGUGCGUAUGGCGAACCAGUCGCGACUCCAACGGUUGCCAGGCAAAGACUUUAAGUUUGUUGCACGGGACAGAGGCGAUCCGAAACAGCACCAUUUGCUUGAUUACUUGAUGUGUGAUAAGGUGUUGCGUCUUAAGGAAGGGGCGCAGGUGAUGAAUAUUGUGAAUUAUUCUGAUCUGAUUGUCAAUGGGACGUUGGGGACGGUGUUGUUUUUUGUUACUAGAAGGUUGUACUAUAAGUUUAUACAGCAGUAUGGGGGUAUUGAUGCGAGUGAUGCAGAGUCUAUAAAGGAGAUGAGGUUUAUAUGCCAUAGGAUUGGGGAGACAGAGUAUAGUAAUGAGGAGAAGGAGUAUUUUGAAGGGUUGCUGAAUGAGAGGAAGGAGUGGGUGCAGCAAGCCACCAAUAUUGCCAUGCAAGAGACUACUGCUGAGUGUUUGCCGGUGAUUAAUUUUAGUACUCAUGGUCCUGAUGUUGUUACGAUGGUGGAAAGACACGAUUUCAAGAUUGAGCGGGCCAAUAAGAAAGUCAAUGAGGAUGAAUCCAACGUUUUGGCAAGAGAGCAGUUGCCGCUUUUGUUGUCGUGGGCAAUGUCGAUACACAAGUCUCAGGGUCAAACUUUGGAUAGGGUUAGGGUUGAUUUGGGGAGGAGUUUUGCUGAUGGGCAGGCGUAUGUGGCAUUGUCUCGGGCGACUAGCAAGGAUAGGUUAGAGUUGCGUAAUUUCCGUCCCCACAAGGUUACCACGUCAGAGGCGGUCAGGAGGUUUUAUGCAACGUUAGAGUAG